GUGGCCAGGGCGAGGGGCCUUGGCCUGGGGUCGGCCUCUGCCUGGGCGCCUGCGCUCGCCGCGGAGAAAGACUCCAUUGUAGCAAUGCUUAGGCUGCACCGGGCUAUUGUGAGCGACUACAGGGAGCCAGUGGACGCUUUGUUGCUCUCGUAAAUGGGAAAUUCUGAGUUGCGUUACUGUGGGAUGUGAGACGUUGGCUCGGAAGACAGUAGAAUCUCCUGACAGUACACCUGGCUAUUCACCAUGAGGUUAGGAAAGCCUAAAGGGGGCAUUUCUCGAGGCUCAAACCAGGGAAAGGCCUAUGAGAGCAAGCGAAAGACAGCUCGCCAGCGGCAGAAAUGGGGGAUGGCCAUUCGCUUCGACUCAGGCCUCAGUAGACGGAGAAGAAACGUGGAUGAAAAGCCCUACAAGUGCAGUCGGUGUUCCAAGAGUUUCAGUCAGAGCUCCACCCUUUUUCAGCACCAGAAGAUCCACACCGGGAAGAAAUCCCACAAGUGUGCUGACUGUGGGAAAAGCUUCUUCCAGAGUUCUAACCUCAUCCAGCACCGGCGCAUCCACACCGGGGAGAAGCCCUACAAGUGUGACGAGUGUGGAGAGAGGUUCAAGCAGAGCUCGAACCUCAUCCAGCACCAGAGGAUUCACACUGGGGAGAAGCCCUACUGCUGCGACGAGUGCGGCCGCUGCUUCAGCCAGAGCUCCCACCUCAUCCAGCACCAGAGAACCCACACUGGGGAGAAGCCCUACCAGUGCGAGGAGUGUGCCAAGUGCUUCAGCCAGAGCUCUCACCUCAGGCAGCACAUGAAAGUGCAUAAAGAGAAGAAGGCGCACAAGAGGGGUAAAAAUGCCAGGGCGAAAACUCACCCAGUGGCCUGGAAAACUGGUAAAGGAAGGAAGGCGGUGGCCGGGCUCCGCCAGGUAAAGGGUGCCACCUCAGGCCUUUUUAAAAAGAAAAAGUAGAUAGAGGCAAAAAACAAAAAAG